AUGUUCUCUGCCAGGUUUGAUGGUGGAGAGGUGGAAGCGAAGAUCCGGCGAGUGUACAAGAUCCUCAAGGACCACCGCUUCAACGUGCUCAUGGUUGCGGCCAAAGGCGGCGAUGAUUUUGGCACGAUGACAAUGCAAUAUCUGAAUGAGACGUACGAGAAGAGGGGCGUCAUAAUCUCUGUUUGUACCCGGCACUACGGUGAGAAGACGAGCUCCUCCUACAGCUCUUUCAAGGAGCUGAGAUAUGCCCAGGACUGGGCAGUGGAUGUGCUGCCACUGAGGAUGCACGAGGUCUACCCACCUGAGCCGCCCUCCGGCCCCGGGCACAAGUUCGACAAAAAAGGCGAAGCUAAAGCUUUGAUUCGAAUGAUUAUACCUCCCAGCCUUGCAUACAUCGACUGCCGUGAGCUCAGUGAGACGGAGAUUGCCCGCAAGAUCGCGGACAGCCUGCUGAAGCUCUGA